CCCAUCCAUCACUACACGACGACCACCCACCUCCCCCUCCACGCUAGCGUCCUCGUAGAUGCGACCAGCCUUGCCAGCGAGCUAUAAAAGGUUCCUGCGACUGCAUCGUGCCCAUCGUUCCUGUCCUACCCGGCAACAGUGAGAGUCAUAUCUAGAACUGUCAUCACCGUCACACAGACAUCAUGAAGCUUGCAGUCAUCAGCCUGAUGCUCGCCUGCUGCCUCUUGGUGGUCAAGGCCAGAGAGUACAACUGCGAGCAGGAAGUCGAGGGCCGCCCGUAUUGCCGCUUGCCUGCGAAGACGGGCUGGUACUACAACAAGGAUACGCAGACGUGCAAGACGUUCCACUGGGCCAACUGUCCCGGGAACGAUAACAACUUCGAUAGCAAACAGGAGUGCCUGCGCCGAUGUGGAGGUCUGUAAGGCAUCAAACAAUGCCUCAAACGGAGGAAGCACGUGCCAUCCUGCAUGAUGACGACAUUAUUUUCAAAUGAAAAGAACUCCAUUCCCAGGCCUUCAGUAACGGAGUCCUUUCGUUCUCAAGCACCCGUAUGUUUUGCAGAACGGCGUUUAUAGCCGCGGUAUAAAAAACAUCUCCAACCUUUGGUAACCGACCAACUAAGUUUUUAGGAAAUAAAUUUAUGGUGUUUGUGAAAUGGCAA